AAAAGAAGUGGACUGCAGUUGUACGGCGCAUUCGGUGAGAGGUUGAAACGGCAGUCGUACCUGCUCGUCGGCGAACCUCUCCCGCACUCAUAUCCGCAUCUACGUUGAGUUUCUAUCAUUUAGAUCUCGUAGCUCGAAGGCACAGAAGCAAAAUCGUAGUGUUGACGCGUACUUGGAUUUUGCCACGAACUAGGGCAAACACAGCCGAGUGAGAAAUGGCAACGACAACCUGUACGCGCUUUACCGACGAGUUCCAGCUUUAUGAAGAACUUGGAAAGGGGGCCUUCUCAGUUGUGCGCCGUUGUGUCAAGCUGUGCACAGGCCAAGAGUAUGCUGCCAAAAUCAUCAACACCAAAAAGCUCUCAGCAAGAGAUCACCAGAAGCUCGAACGAGAAGCCCGUAUCUGCCGUCUGCUCAAGCAUCCCAAUAUCGUUCGGCUCCAUGACAGUAUUUCAGAGGAGGGUUUCCAUUACCUCUUAUUUGACCUUGUGACGGGUGGAGAGCUGUUUGAGGAUAUUGUUGCCAGAGAAUAUUACAGUGAAGCUGAUGCCAGUCACUGCAUCCAGCAGAUCCUGGAGGCGGUGCUUCAUUGCCAUCAAAUGGGCGUGGUGCACCGAGAUCUCAAGCCCGAGAACCUGCUCCUGGCCAGUAAAUGUAAGAACGCUGCCGUCAAGCUGGCCGACUUUGGACUGGCCAUUGAAGUGCAAGGAGACCAACAGGCCUGGUUUGGGUUUGCUGGUACACCAGGUUACCUUUCUCCAGAAGUGCUAAGAAAGGAGGCUUAUGGGAAGCCUGUGGACAUUUGGGCAUGUGGAGUCAUCCUAUAUAUUCUUCUGGUGGGUUAUCCUCCAUUUUGGGAUGAAGACCAGCAUAAACUCUACCAACAGAUCAAAGCCGGGGCUUAUGACUUUCCCUCCCCAGAAUGGGACACAGUGACACCUGAAGCCAAAAACCUCAUCAAUCAGAUGCUCACCAUCAAUCCAGCCAAGAGAAUCAUGGCCCAAGAGGCCCUGAAACACCCAUGGGUCUGCCAACGAUCCACUGUGGCCUCCAUGAUGCACAGACAGGAAACGGUCGAGUGCCUGAAGAAGUUCAACGCGAGAAGGAAACUCAAGGGUGCAAUUUUGACCACCAUGCUGGUGUCGCGAAAUUUUUCCGUGGGUAGGCAGACAACAGCACCCUCCUCCGUCUCCGCGGCCGUCGCCGCAGCCGCAGCGGCCGGUACCACCACAAGUCUGGUGGAACAAGCAGCCAAGAGCCUGCUCAACAAGAAGGCCGAUGUCAAGAAACGGAAAUCCAGCUCCACCGUUCAAUACAUGCCACAGUCAAACAGCACGAAAAACAGCAUAGUCACCAGUCCCAAGGGCACCGUCCCUUCUCCUGCACUGGAGCCUCAGACCACUGUUAUCCAUAACCCAGUGGAUGGGAUCAAGGAAUCGUCGGACAGCAGCAACACCACAAUUGAGGAUGAAGAUGUCAAAGGGAAAAGCCUAGAUAGUGGUUCAAUUAAAGGCCCUUCUGAAGUUAGCCAAUCACCUCCGGGCUCCGGCCCUGCCAUCUUCUCCACAAAGCUGACCGACAUCUUGGGCUGUGCACGCAGGGGCUCGGGACCCUCAGCUGUGCCUGAGAGCGAAGCAGCCACCCUAUCCACACCCUCUCCUCCACACACCCCUGUCAUGCAAACCCGGUUCACAGAUCUGGUGAGCUGUGUGGGCCGCGUACCUGCCCCACAACCUCAGCCGGAGUCGACAUCCUUUCGAACCUCUAUACCCCCUCCCCAGCCCUCAUCACCUCCAACCCUGCCCCCCUCCGGCGUCUCUGUGUCUGUGCAGACACGCAAGCAGGAAAUCAUCAAGAUCACAGAACAGCUGAUAGAAGCCAUCAACAAUGGGGACUUUGAGGCCUAUGCGAAAAUCUGUGACCCUGGACUGACCUCCUUUGAACCCGAGGCUUUGGGGAACUUGGUUGAAGGAAUGGACUUCCAUAGAUUCUACUUUGAGAACUUGCUUGCGAAAAACAGUAAGCCCAUCCACACCACCAUCCUGAACCCUCACGUGCACCUGAUCGGAGAAGAUGCUGCCUGCAUCGCAUACAUACGCCUCACCCAGUUCGUGGACGGGCAGGGCCGGCCGCACAGCAGCCAAUCAGAGGAAACUCGCGUGUGGCAUCGUCGUGACUGCAAAUGGCAGAACGUUCACUUUCACUGCUCUGGUGCGCCAGCCGCCCCUCUCCAGUGAAGAGUGGCCCUGCAAUGAAUAUAUUAGAUGUGAGCGCCCCUCAUGGAGGUGAAGGACAGGGAGGACUAAUAGGACGGCAGCGGGGGUCCAGUAUCGGAGCGUUCCGAAUCUCCAACUCUGGACACAACCAUCCUCCCCUGCAUGCAAACCAACAGUUACCACUCUACCUGCUGGGCUGCUCUCGAUAAAGCAUCCAGACAACCCCUUAUUGCUAGAACAUCCUAUACCAUUCUGACUCCAACACAACCGAGCACGCAACGUAUACACCCUGAACCCUUUUACACCCUAUCAGCUGUAUGCCAAGUCUUAUCAACGACUGCAUCAAUCAUUGAGAGCAAUUAAAGACUCCGGGUUCCUGUCUAGAGUUAUAACCUUAUGUCAUAACCACUUCUAGGAGUUGCACGAUUGCCUUUUUCCCCACAAUCCCUUCACUAGCCUUCUGCCUCCCAAGUAGAUCAUGUUUUAAUAAAAUAUUAUUAUAAUUAUUGAAUUUAUUAUUAUGAUUAUUAAUUCUUUAAGGAUCAUAAGUUUAGCUGUUGUUCUAUUGAGAUUGUAUAUUUGAUGGUCAAAUUUCUGAUGUUGGUGGUAACACUGUUUUGUUUUGGUUUGGUUUCUCUCUUUUAAAAGCAUGAAUUAUGAGUAUUAUUGAUUUGUUUUUGUUUUGUGUGGUUGAGUAAGUUUAUUUUGCCAGCACUGUACAGGUUAAAGUUCAUAGUUCAUUAAUUACAUGACCUGACCUUUGGUCACCACAGCUGUUUUAAGAUUCAAUGUGGUGACCAGAUUUUCUGGUACCAUGAUCGGUGUUUGUAUUAUCAGGCUGCUGUUUUUAAAUCACUUCAUGGUCAUCAUUGACUUUAAUGAUUUUUUUUCCCAUCAGAUUUUGGUUCAUUCUGGUUUACCUGCAGGCUACCGAGUUGAACUUCCAUGAAACUGAGCUCUCUCUCUCUUUAAAUCAGAGGAUAAUCUAAUUUAGUAUAAUACAGUUCACUGUCUCCGGUGACCAGCAGCAGAUGUGUCUGUAUGUGUCCCUAAUUUGGAAUGCCCGAUUCCCAAUGCGCUCUAAGUCCUCGUGGUGGCGUAGUGACUCCGGGUGGUGGAGGACAAAUCUCAGUUGCCUCCGUGUCUGAGACCUUCAAUCCACACAUCUUAUCACGUGGCUUGUUGAGCGUGUUACCGCGGAGACAUAGCGCGUGUGGAGGCUUCACGCUAUUCUCCGCAGCAUCCACGCACAACUCACCACGCGCCCCACCGAGAGCAAGCCACAUUAUAGCGACCACGAGGAGGUUACCUCAUGUGACUCAACCCACCCUAGCAACCGGCCAAUUUGGUUGCUUAGGAGACCUGGCUGGAGUCACUCAGCACACCCUGGAUUCAAACUCAACACUCCAGGUGUGGUAGUCAGUGUCUUUACUCGCUGAGCUACACCCCGUUUGUGUGCGUAUUGAUUUUCAUUGUGAUCUGGUUUUGUUUCUCUGUCGAAUGUUUGGCUGAGUUAUGAUAAAAGUUUCUGAAUAAAUUGUCUGUGAGAGGGAUUGUAGGGGGUGUAUGGGGGUGAAUCUCAUGAAAUCUGUCAAGAACAUUUCCAGGUCAUAUUUCACUGUAGAAUUGAAAUAAAAUAAAUAAAUAUUCUUUUAAUUUUGACUUUAUCUUCAUAAAAAGUAAGUAAUUUGAAUGUUAAUCCCCAUGUAGAAUAAUAGGAAUUAUACACAAAAACAAAGGUUUUGUGAGGUAUCUUAAUUGUCAUAAAAAAUAAUGCAAGAAUAAUACAUAAAUAAUGGCCCUAAUAUUAUUUAUGCAAAAAUGUCC